AUGGCAGCUGGAGAGUCCCCUCCCGUAGGAGACGUCUUCAUCGACCUGCAGCAGGGCAGAGAUCGCGCAGAGAAAGCCUCUCCUGGUGCCGAGGACGAUGAGGACUUGGAUAAGACUUUGUCAAUCGAGAGAUUUGGGGACCUGAUAAGCAAGUCAGCAUCAAGCAAUCUGGAGAAGCAAAGACGCAGCUACAGUGAGAGAGAUUUUGAAUUCCACCGCCAAACCUCGCACCACAUCCAUCAUCCGCUUUCCGCUCACCUCCCUUCUGCCCUCAAGUUCCAAAAGAGGCCCCCGCGUGCCGGCAGGAGGAAAAAAAGGAGGAGGAAAAAGAAGAAAACCUCGGUACCCCCCUCGGAGGUGACCCCCACCAUCCAGGAAGAGGACGAGGAGGGGGGAGAAGAGGAGGAAGAAGAAGAAGAAGAGGAAGAAGGAGAGUCUGAAGCAGAGGAGGCCCAAGAGAAAGAGAUCUCUGCAGAGUCUGAGGGUGAAGCUCGUGGGAAGGACACAUCCCCUAAGCUGGAGCUCUCAGGCAAACCAAAGUUCACCAUCGGCAGCGAUGAGGAGGAUCCCAGCGGUGCUCUGGCCCCGGCGCAGUUCCAUGUGGAGGAGGAGUGUGGCAUCCUGUGCCCCGUGCCACACUUCGCUGACCUGCUGCAGGACAAGGGCCCCGCGUCCCUCUGCAGCCUCCCCGGGCCUCGGGAGCGUCUGUCUCGUGGGUGGGAGAAGCGCAAGCCCUGGGGCCAGGUGGCGAGCGGACAGCGGGUCACCUACGACCUGAAGGAGAGGAUGUGCAUUGGCAGCAUGACCACGCUGGAGAGCGCGGCGUACCAGCGCGUCCCCACGGACGAGGCCGAGGCCCAGAUGCUGGCGUCCGCUGACUUGGAUGGCAUGAAAAGCCACCGUUUUGAAGAUAACCCUGGUGUGAGGAGGCAUCUGAUGAAAAAACCGUCUCGGAGUCAGAUCACCAGGACAAGCAAAAAAUUAGCAUCAACUCCAUCUGUCAAGAAGAAGAAGAAGAAGAAGAAGCUGGAUAGAAAGCCCCAUGAGGUGUUUGUGGAGCUGAACGAGCUGGUGGUCGAUAAGAACCAGGAGAUGCACUGGAGGGAGACGGCCCGCUGGAUCAAGUUUGAGGAGGAUGUGGAGGAGGACACAGCAAGGUGGGGGAAACCCCACGUGGCUUCGCUGUCCUUCCGCAGCCUGCUGGAGCUCAGGAAGACGAUUGCCCAUGGUGCCGUCCUCCUGGACCUGGAGCAGACCACACUGCCCGGCAUCGCUCACCUCAUGGUGGAGACCAUGAUCAUCUCUGACCAGAUCAGAGCGGAGGACCGAGCCAAUGUGCUGCGUGCCCUGCUGCUGAAGCACAGCCACCCCAAUGAUGAGAAGGAGGGCUUCUUCCCGAGGAACCACUCCAGCUCCAGCAUGAACUCUGUCGUGGGGAACCACCACCACAACCACACCACUGACACCUGCGUGCCCCUCAUGGGGGAAGAGCGCAUCGAGAUGGCUGACCCCAAGGCCCAUGAGACCGAGUGCAAGGAGAAAAACCCGCAUCUCCAUAACUCUGAGGGCCACCGUAAAUACCUGAAGCUGAUGGAGAAGAUCCCUGAAGAUGCAGAGGCCACAGUGGUCCUCGUGGGUUGUGUGCAGUUCCUGGAGCAGCCAACUAUGGCCUUUGUUCGACUCAAUGAGGCCGUCUUCCUGGAAUCUGUCUUGGAGGUCCCAAUUCCUGUCAGAUUCAUCUUUGUGCUGCUGGGACCGAGCCAAGCCAACAUGGACUACCAUGAAAUCGGCCGCUCAAUCUCCACCCUCAUGUCUGACAAGCACUUCCAUGAGGCUGCAUACAUGGCAGAUGACCGUCAAGACCUCCUCAACGCAAUCAAUGAGUUUUUGGACUGCAGCAUUGUCAUCCCGCCAUCGGAGGUGGAGGGGAAAGACUUGCUCAAAUCCAUUGCCACCUUCCAGAAGUUGCUGCUGAGGAAGAGGAAGGAGAGGGAGCAGAAGUCCAUGAAGGAGGGGGCUGUCCAGGAAGCCAAAGAGCUGUGUGAAGUGAAAACUGAGGAAGAAGAGGAGGAAGCUGAGGACGACCCUUUGAAGCGGACGGGGAUAUUUUUUGGAGGUCUGGUUCGGGACAUAAAGCGCAGGUACCCCAAAUACCUCAGUGACAUCAGAGACGCCUUGCACAGCCAGUGUCUCGCGGCCGUUCUCUUCAUCUACUUUGCUGCUCUCUCUCCUGCCAUCACCUUCGGGGGACUCCUAGGUAAUGGGCCUGCUUUCUGGUCUGCUCUUUGCACGCUGGGACACUGGCUGUGGUCUCUGCUGGCACCCCAGCCACUCCUGGUCAUUGGCUUCUCAGGGCCUCUGCUGGUGUUUGAAGAAGCUUUUUACAAGUUCUGCCAGACACAAGGCAUUGAGUAUCUGACAGGCAGAGUGUGGAUUGGUUUGUGGCUCAUCGUCUUCAUCUUCAUUAUCGUGGCAGCUGAGGGAAGCUUCUUGGUGCGCUACAUCUCGCCCUUCACCCAGGAGAUCUUUGCUUUCCUCAUCUCCCUCAUCUUUAUCUACGAGACCUUCUACAAACUGUACAAGGUGUUUGCAGAGCAUCCUCUGCUGAAGUUCUACCCGCCAAACGUGCAGAGCGGCCUGAAUGCCAGCGUGCUCCCUGCGGAUGCGAUGUCGCUGGGAAUCAGGAUGCAGCCCAACACCGCCCUCCUCUCCCUCAUCCUCAUGCUAGGCACCUUCUUCAUUGCCUUCUUUAUGCGCAAGUUCAAGAACAGCCGUUUCUUAGGAGGAAAGGCUCGACGGAUCAUCGGAGACUUCGGGAUCCCCAUCUCCAUCCUGGUCAUGGUGCUGGUGGAUUACACCAUCACUGACACAUACACACAGAAACUGAAUGUCCCCUCUGGCCUGUCGGUCACAUCUCCUCACAAGCGUGGCUGGUUCAUUCACCCCAUGGGCAGCACUGGGACCUUUCCAAUGUGGAUGAUGUUUGCCUCUGCCAUCCCUGCCCUCCUGGUCUUCAUUCUUAUCUUCAUGGAGACACAGAUCACUACGCUGAUUGUGAGCAAGAAGGAGAGGAAGCUGCUGAAAGGCUCUGGCUUCCACCUGGACCUGCUGCUCAUAGGCACUAUGGGGGGUCUUUGUGCCCUCUUUGGGCUGCCCUGGCUGACAGCGGCAACGGUGCGCUCCGUCACCCACGUCAAUGCCCUGACGGUCAUGAGCAAGGCCAUUGCGCCAGGAGAGAAGCCCAAGAUCGAGGAGGUGAAGGAGCAGCGUGUGACCGGAGUGCUUAUUGCUGCCCUCGUCGGUCUGUCCAUUGUGAUGGGCAACAUGCUGCGGCAGAUCCCGCUGGCUGUGCUUUUCGGCAUCUUCCUCUACAUGGGGGUUACGUCUCUCACUGGCAUCCAGCUCUACGAGCGGCUGCUCCUGAUCUUCAUGCCAUCCAAGCACCACCCUGACCACAUCUAUGUUGUUAAGGUGAAGACCUGGAGAAUGAAUCUCUUCACCUGCAUUCAACUGGCCUGCAUUGUGCUGCUCUGGGUGGUGAAAUCUACGGUGGCAUCCUUGGCCUUCCCCUUCGUCCUGAUCAUGACAGUGCCAUUGCGACGCUUCGUGCUUCCCCGCUUCUUCCAUGACAGGGAGCUCAAAGCGUUGGACUCGGAGGAUGCGGAGCCGAAUUUCGACGAGGAUGGCCGGGACGAGUACAACGAGCUGCACAUGCCUGUGUGA